GUCAGUAUUCGAAUAAAUUCCGCUACGGCGUGUCGCUGACAGUUGUAUGACGAGCAACUCCUAUCAGCAGUAAAUAUCCAUUAUCACAGUAGUAAGAUAAUUUUUGCAUAUAAAAACUACUAUUGUCAGUUAAAAUCAAAUUGAACAUCAACAAAACAAAUCAUCAUGACAGAGAAAAGAAUUGAUAUAACAGAACCCCUGUGGGAUCAGAGCACCUUUGUCGGAAGAUUCCGACACUUUGCUUUCAUAUCAAACCCAUUAUUGUCUAUGGCAUCGGAAAAAGAACUUUAUGAAGCCAAGGAAUUAUAUUUUAAAUAUAAGGAAGGUAAGGAACCUCCGAAUACUCAGUUGACUCAAGUUGUGAGAGCGAAGCAGCUAUAUGAAUCGGCUUUCCACCCUGACAGCGGUGAAUUACAGAAUGUGUUCGGCAGGAUGUCGUUUCAAAUGCCCGGAGGUUGUUUAAUAACUGGGGCUAUGCUGCAAUGGUAUAGAACAGCAACCGCGGUAGUGUUCUGGCAGUGGGUGAACCAGUCGUUCAACGCUCUGGUCAACUACACGAACAGAAACGCCAACUCUCCUCUAUCAACGACACAGAUGGGUGUAGCUUACAUCUCAGCGACAUCGGCCGCUAUGGCCACGGCACUAACAUUCAAAUACGGCAUACAGAAACGUGCCAAGAAUCCAAUACUCGCUAGAUUCGUGCCAUUCGCUGCGGUCGCAGCAGCCAACUGGGUCAAUAUACCCUUAAUGAGACAAAAUGAAAUAGUUUUAGGGUUGGAUGUGACCGAUGAAAACGGUAAAAUAAUUGGAAAAUCCCAAAUAGCCCCCGUCAAGGGAAUAUCACAAGUUGUAACUUCAAGGAUAAUAAUGUGCGCGCCCGGCAUGCUGUUACUGCCUGUUAUAAUGGAGAAAAUAGAACCCAAAGCCUGGAUGCAGAGAAUUAAGUGGGCUCACAUCGGCAUACAAACAGGAAUCGUUGGAAUGUUCUUAACUUUCAUGGUGCCAACCGCUUGUGCAAUAUUCCCACAGAAAUGUAAACUCUCAAUUGAUACAAUAAAGCGCUUUGAAAAGGACAGAUAUGAAGAAAUUUUGAAGAACACAGACGGCAAGCCGCCAGAAUACGUUUAUUUCAACAAAGGCCUUUAGAUUUAGGAAUUAAAUAAAUACAUGAUAAGUCGAACCGAUGAUAGCUGUUAGGUCAUACAUAUACAUAUAUUCACUUUCGCUUUUUUU